AUGACUGCUUUAAAAUAUCCAAAAUCUCCAAGCUUCAUUGCCAAUUCAAAUCUUGAAUUUAAUAGUUCAAGUGAUAUCGAUCAAAAUUCGGAUUACUUAACUCCUCCUCCAACCUCAACCAAUUCUCCAAAAUCUUCAUCAUCAUCAACUACUACAAACUCAAAACUUUUAUCCCCAAAUCAUUUCCAAUAUUAUACUAAUCAUCUUAAUAAAUCUCAAUUUAAUUCAAUUUUAAUCACAUGCGCUACCAACUUGAUUAAGAUUUUAUAUAAAAAUGAAAUUAAUGAACCUGAUUUUAAAUUCUUUAUUAUUGAAAUCUUAAGAAGAUCAAAAACUUCAAUUCAAUCAUUACAAUUAACAUGUUUUUAUUUAUUUAAAUUGAUUCAAAAUAAAACUCAAAUUCAUAAAUAUCCUAUUUUAAAAGAUUCUAAAAAAUUAUUCCUUGGAAUGAUUAUCUUAGCAUCUAAAUUUAAUCAAGAUCAUAAUUAUUCAUUCAGAUCUUGGUUAAAAAUCUGUGGCAUUAAAGUUGAAGAUUUACCUACUAAUUUAAAGAUUUUAAAAGAAGUUGAAAUCAAAUGUUUAACACUUUUAAAUUAUGAAUUAUAUAUUAAUGGAUUAGUUUAUGAAAAUUGGUGUAAUAUUUUGAUUAUUUUCGGAUAUGAUUUUAUUAAAUAUCAAUUCAUAACUGAAUCAGAAACUGAAAUCAAACAUAAUGAUGAAAAUGGUGAAAAUCAAAUUAUUUGGGAAUUAAAUCAAAUCAUUAUUAAAAAUAAAUUACAAAAAUGGAUUAAAUUCUUUAUGAAUUUAAAUAUCUCCAAUUUAAAUUUAAUUAAAAUUAAUUUCAGUAAUUAUUAUUUAAAUCAAUUAAAUAAGAAAAUCUUUAUUAAAAAAUCAGAUGAUGAAUCAAUCCCAUCCUUAUUCGCCACUAUCUCAUCAUCAACUACUGAAUCAACUACAUCUUCCUCCACCUCUGUAUCAAGAAAAAGAGGUGCUUGUGGUGAUGAAGUCAUCAUUAAUGAAUCAAUCAAUCAUAAAAAAGUUAGAUUAUAA